AUGGCUGCUGCUACUGUAUCAAUGCUUUCCCGUCUGCCCUUCCCGACAGUUGCCUCUGCUCCACGCUGGGCUACGUUCUAUACCCGAUUCUUCAACCCCCGACUCUUCCCUACACUCUCGGUUGCUGUGCCGGGAGUCAGCUUGAACAUUCCCACCUUGCUGGGCGACAUUUGGGAAUCAGUUCUACGCGCGGUACCCAAGAACAAAGUGUCACAUUCUCGUAAGCGACACAGACAAAUGGCUGGCAAGGCUCUGAAGGAUGUGAACAGCCUGUGCAAAUGCCCUGGCUGUGGAGAGACCAAGAGAACGCACCGACUAUGCCAGAGAUGUCUCGAAGACAUGAGAAGGAUAUGGCGUGACGACUACCCGACGAACAAACCCUUUUAG